AGCCAGCGCCGCCCGCCCGGAGCCUCAGCCGUCGGUGCGUGCGUGGGACCCGGGCACCGUCCUCCACGAACCCGUCGCCCGCCAUGGCCGCUGCGGCCGGUCCCCGCAGCCUCCUUGUUCUCCUCCAGGUGCUCGGGCUCGCCCUGGCGCAGAUCAGAGGUCCGCCAGGAGAGCCGGGGCCCCCGGGACCCCCGGGGCCGCCAGGAGUGCCUGGAUCCGACGGCAUCGACGGUGACAAGGGGCCCCCUGGGAAAGCUGGCCCUCCGGGACCUAAGGGAGAUCCUGGCCAAGCGGGGCCAGAUGGGCCAGACGGGAAGCCCGGGACCGAUGGUCUAACUGGAGCCAAGGGGGAGCCUGGCCCCAUGGGGAUCCCUGGAGUCAAGGGCCAGCCUGGGCUCCCAGGUCCCCCGGGUCUGCCGGGCCCUGGCUUCGCUGGACCUCCUGGACCACCUGGACCUGUUGGGCUCCCUGGUGAGAUUGGAAUCACAGGCCCCAAGGGGGAUCCUGGACCAGAGGGACCAUCAGGGCCCCCAGGCCCCCCUGGGAAACCGGGACGCCCCGGAACCAUCGCGGGCCUGGAAGGCAGCGCGGAUUUCCUGUGUCCAACCAACUGUCCAGCGGGAGCUAAAGGCCCCCCAGGAUUGCAGGGAGUGAAGGGGCAUCCUGGCAAACGCGGGGCUCUGGGAGAUUCCGGCCGCCAGGGGAAGCCGGGUCCUAAGGGCGAUGUGGGUGCCUCUGGAGAGCAAGGCAUCCCUGGACCGCAGGGUCCCCAGGGCGUCAGGGGCUACCCAGGCAUGGAGGGACCCAAAGGAGAGACAGGUCCUCGUGGGUACAAAGGCAUGGUGGGCUCCAUUGGCGCCGCCGGGUCCCCGGGUGAGGAAGGUCCGCGGGGGCCACCAGGCCGAGCUGGGGAGAAGGGCGACGUGGGCAGUCAAGGUGUUCGAGGACCCCAGGGAAUAACAGGCCCGAAGGGAGCAACCGGUCCCCCGGGCAUCGACGGCAAGGAUGGGACUCCAGGCACACCUGGCGUGAAGGGCAGUGCAGGUCAGGCGGGGCGGCCAGGAAACCCAGGCCACCAGGGCCUCGCGGGUGUGCCGGGCCAGCCCGGGACAAAAGGAGGCCCUGGAGACAAGGGUGAGCCAGGCCAGCAAGGCCCCCCUGGAUUCUCUGGUCCCCCUGGGAAGGAGGGAGAACCAGGGCCUCAAGGAGAAAUCGGUCCUCGGGGCAUCGUAGGGCAGAAGGGUGACCAGGGUGAGAGGGGGCCAGUGGGGCAGCCAGGCCCUCAAGGGCAGCAGGGCCCCAAGGGGGAACAGGGGCCCCCCGGAAUUCCAGGGCCCCAAGGCUUGCCAGGCAUCAAGGGAGACAAGGGCUCCCCGGGGAAGACCGGCCCCCGUGGUGGAGUGGGCGACCCGGGGGUGGCCGGCCUUCCAGGAGAGAAAGGCGAGAAGGGCGAGUCUGGCGAGCCGGGGCCCAAGGGACAGCAAGGAGUCCGCGGAGAACCCGGCUACCCGGGCCCCAAUGGGGAUGCGGGCGCCCCAGGAGUGCAGGGCUACCCUGGGCCCCCCGGCCCUCGAGGACUGGCUGGAGAUCGCGGCAUGCCGGGACAGCCCGGGAGACAGGGCGUGGCGGGCCGAGAUGCCAGUGACCAGCACAUCGUGGACGUGGUGCUGAAGAUGCUGCAAGAGCAACUGGCAGAGGUGGCUGUGAGUGCCAAGCGGGAGGCCCUAGGUGCAACUGGCAUGGUGGGUCCCCCAGGACCCCCUGGGCCUCCUGGAUACCCAGGCAAGCAGGGACUCCAUGGGCAUCCUGGCCCUCGGGGCAUUCCUGGCAUCGUGGGAGCCGUGGGUCAGAUUGGCAACACCGGGCCCAAGGGAAAACGUGGAGAGAAGGGUGACCAGGGAGAUGUAGGACGUGGGCAUCCUGGGAUGCCUGGGCCCCCCGGGAUCCCAGGACUCCCUGGCCGGCCUGGCCAGGCAAUCAAUGGCAAGGAUGGAGAUCGAGGGUCCCCAGGCGCCCCUGGAGAGGCAGGCCGACCUGGUCUGCCAGGCCCCGUGGGGCUGCCAGGCUUCUGUGAGCCUGCAGCCUGCCUCGGAGCCUCAGCCUACGCCUCUGCACGCCUCACGGAGCCUGGAUCCAUCAAGGGGCCUUGAACAUCAGGCCAGGAACAGAGCCCGGCGGGCAUCCUGGGCGGAAAGGACCAGGUCCCCUCUGGGUGGACAUGCACCGCAUCCCUCAGCCCAGGAAACCAGCUUUCCCAGCACCUUCUAUCUGGGACCUGGGAGUCCUGAGGAAAAAGAAAUUCUGUAACAUGGGGGAAGGGAAGGGAGGGCAUCGAAGUGAAAAGGUGAGGCCGACAGACAGGGCAAGUGUCACUGGAGAGUCCAAGCUCCAAAGAGGAUGGGGUGGGUUUCCCUCCUGGAGCACCACUUAGAUGUUACCAAACAAACGUCUCUUUAGUCUGUGCCAUGCUCCACUGGCCUUCUUGUCCUCGGGGCACGUGGACUAAGGUCUCUGCCAGUUCCUGAUCCCGUUUCCACCCCCUGGACUUGCUGGGUGACUGCUGCUGGGUGACUACCCUGAGGUGGCUGUCCUUAAGCCAGCCCCACUACUUCCCUCCCAUCUGAGUAUUUAAACACCCAUCUCCCUUCUCUUUCUGGCAUUACCGUCUUCCACCACCCCCCUAGAGCCACCCAGGCCUUUCUGUAAAUAAAAGCCCCCAACUGGGGUAUAAACCA